GCUGUGGCCGAGUCAGCUUCCCAGGCCACUCCAUUGGCGCUGGCUCCACAACGGUGGGCUCGAUUGGCUGCCCAGCUGGCAUUGUCGUCCAGUGGAGUCCGGUGCAGGAGGAAGAAAACAGCCAUGUGCACGCCUCCCCUCUAUAUUUAACAACUGCUUCGGGAAAGACAGGCAAAGGGUGGGAGCACCUGGGGCGGCGCCUGGAUUUGGGGACAAGGCCCUUGCAGUCAGGCUGGCAGUGGCCUGGCACUGAGUAUCACCAUGCCAGCCUCCCAGAGCCGGGCCCGGGCCCGGGACCGCAACAACGUCCUCAACAGGGCCGAGUUCCUGUCCCUGAACCAGCCCCCCAAGGGGGCCCCGGAGCCCCGCAGCUUGGGCAGGAAGGCCUCUGGCCCCUCAGCGCAACCACCACCCCCAGGCGACGGGCCCCGAGAGAGGCGCCAGUCGCAGCAGCUGCCCGAGGAGGACUGCAUGCAGCUGAACCCCUCCUUCAAGGGCAUCGCCUUCAACUCUCUGCUGGCCAUUGACAUCUGCAUGUCCAAGCGUCUAGGAGUCUGCGCCAGCAGGGCUGCGUCCUGGGCCAGCGCCCGCUCCAUGGUCAAACUCAUUGGCAUCACUGGCCACGGCAUCCCCUGGAUCGGGGGCACCAUCCUCUGCCUGGUGAAGAGCAGCACGCUGGCUGGCCAGGAGGUGCUCAUGAACCUGCUUCUGGCCCUGCUCCUGGACAUCAUGACCGUGGCUGGCGUGCAGAAGCUCAUCAAACGGCGUGGCCCAUUUGAGACGAGCCCCAGCCUGCUGGACUAUCUCACCAUGGACGUCUACGCCUUCCCCGCCGGCCAUGCCAGCCGUGCGGCCAUGGUGUCCAAGUUCUUCCUCAGCCACCUGGUGCUGGCGGUGCCCCUGCGUAUCCUGCUGGUGCUCUGGGCCUUAUGCGUGGGCCUGUCUAGAGUGAUGAUCGGCCGCCACCACAUCACAGACGUCAUUUCGGGCUUCAUCAUUGGCUAUUUCCAGUUCCGCCUGGUGGAGCUGGUCUGGAUGUCCUCCAACACCUGCCAGAUGCUCAUCUCGGCCUGGUGAGCCGGCCAUCCACCUACCCAUGGCUCCAGGGCUGGGGUGGCCGAGAAAGAGGCAGCAGGAGGUAGGAGGGGGAACCCCACAGCCAGGGCUCCCCUCCUUGGCUCUUUUGUAGGCUGGUAUCCUUGGACCAGCCUGCUCCAGCAAACAGCUCCUCUGGUGGUUCCAGGCUGUCCCCAUUCUGUGGUUGGGACCCUGAAUGUCCUCUCUCUCAGCAAGGGUCCCAGCUGUGGGCACAGUGCUGCUUAGCUUCUGCUCUGAAGGCAACAGGCAAGAACCAUGACAGCAACAUCUGCGUGGAGCCUCAACUCACCUCACCUCACCUUUUCCUUGCCCUGACUGUCGAGUUAUUGGCUGUGCCCGUCAUGUCACAGCACAAUGCCUGGCAAAUGACUACAUACACACACAUACACACACACACACACACACACACACACACACACACACACAUACACAUACACACAGCCCCAGCCCCAUCCCCAAACAGGUGCCAUUGCCUUUUACUGUCAUCGAGAGCUUAGGGCAGCCCCACCAGACGCCAGCCUGCAAGACUCCUCAAAAGGGCUUUGUGCUUGGGGAAUGCUACAUACUCCCCACCCCCACCUCCAUGUUGGACAUUCAUGAAAGUUUAUUAGUGUGGCAAAGGCUCUGACAAGUCAUUCAAGAAAGCUUCCUGUUGAACCUCGAGUCUUCUGAACUUAGUUGACCCUGAACUCUUUCUCAUGGAACAUCUGUUAGCCCUCAAGGAGCCACUGUUUCCUCAAGUGCUGGUUUCUCUUGUUGUUGUUGUUGUUGUUGUUUUGGGAAAAGCAAGUGUCCUGCCACAGCCUUCGGACAGCCCCCAGUCCAGGGGCAUCAGUGCCGCUUUGGCCCCCAGGGGCCGGUUUCUGUGUGACCUAAUAGGUCGUUUCCAAGUCUACCCGAUGGAUGUGUAUUUCAUGUAACAAUACAAAUAUGCAAAAGGACAAAAUUUC